GUAACUCUUUCGUGUGUGAAGAUACGCUUGCUGUUCACUUCCGGGUCCAAGCUCCUUUCCGGUAAAAUGGCGACUGCCAUGGCAGGGAACGUGGAAGUCAAACAAAUUUGUGCUGUAAAGGGCAAAGGUGUGUUUUCAAAGACAGCUUUCAAGAAAGGUGAUGUCAUAUUCGAAGAAAAACCCUUAGUGUCGUGUCAGUUUGCCUGGAAUGAACUGUAUAAAUACAAGGCAUGUGAGUUCUGCAUGCAGGCAUUGGAAACGGCGGAAGAAAACAGCCGACGCCUUACAGAAAACAAAGCUAUAAUUCUCCCUCACCCGGAGUGUUGUGAAGUCAAACCAGAGAACCAUGUCGUGUGUCCUCAGUGCCAGAUAGAAUACUGCAGUGCACAGUGUCGGGAUGCAGCCUGGGCCCAGUACCAUCGUGUUCUGUGUCUCGGGAUGUCCAAGGAAGACCAAGACCACCCUAUAAACAGACUCCUUGAAGCCUGGAGGAAUAUCCACUUUCCCCCAGAGACAGCCACAGUAAUGUUGCUAGCCAAAAUGAUUGCCACAGUCAAACAAGCUGAAGACAAAGAUGCAGUUCUGGGUUUGUUCUCCUCAUUUGUGCAGAGCACAGUUAACGAAGAGGAGCAGAUAGUACACAAGCUGCUAGGGGAGCAGUUCCAGGAUCCUUUGGAGUUGCUGUGGAGACUCACAUCUGAAGCAUUGUAUGAGGAAGCAGCACAACAGUGGUUCACACCGGAGGGGUUCAAGUCUCUGUUUGCCCUCAUAGGGAGAAAUGGCCAAGGCGUCGGCAGCAGUUCAAUCAGCGUGUGGGUGAGGAACUGCGAGGCGCUGGACCACUCCGCAGACGAGAAGGAGAAGAUGGAAGAGUACAUUGAUCAGCUGUACGAACAACUGGACCGAGUGGCUGGAAUGUUCCUCAAUGUUGAAGGGUCCGGACUUUACAAAUUACAAAGCACAUGUAAUCACAGCUGUGUCCCCAACGCUGAGAUAACAUUCCCCCACAACAACCACACCCUGGUUCUGGUUGCCUUGGAGGCAAUAGAGCCUGAGCAGGAGAUUUGUAUCAGUUAUCUCAGUGAGUGUUCUCUGGACAGGAGUAGGCACAGCAGACAGAGGAUCCUCAGAGACAACUACUUGUUCAGUUGCAACUGCCCCAAGUGUCUCAGUCAGGUUGAUGACCCUGAUGUGACAUCCGAGGAAGAGAUGGAUGAUGAAGAGGAAGAGGAGGAAGAAAGAGGAACUGGCGCUGGCUAGAGUAGAAAUCUUAGAAUAGACUUCUUUUAAAUAUUAACGGCAAUAAAUGUCUUUCUGCUCAAAAUCGGAAUUGUAUUCUGUGUCAGCUGGUCGAGAUAUUAGAGAGGUGAAACGGACCAAAUACCCUUACUUCAAUAAACAAAGUGCUUUGCAUCCUGAUCCACAAGGAAGGGUUAUUAUACUCUAAAUUGUGUGUACAAUAUUGAACAAACUUUAGAGUUUGUGGAUAAAAACUUCUUUUACUUCUUGUACCGCUGUCAAGCAGUUAUGAAAAAUGAGGAGGAGGGGAUGUAUAUAUACUGAAUGUAACAGAGAAACAACAUAAUUAAAUAAAUAUUUCUAAAAUGCCA